AUGAUAUCCCUUCGCGCAGACGUUUAUGUCUCCUCACGACUACCCAUCGCCGUCAAGCGUGCAGGUACCACCAGUAGCUUUUCAGCGAUCUCGUGCACCCUCAUUCAGGGCGAGAAAGAAGUGGUGCUCGAUCUGGUCCAGUGGAUCAAAGAAACGGCCCCAGGAAAGGAAUUAGCCUUCAUCUACAUCACCCACGGCCAUGGAGGCCACUGGUUUGGUCUUCCAGUGCUGAAGAAGUACUGGCCAAAUGUUCAUGUCCUAGCUACGCCCGGAACCGUGGCUCACAUGAAACAGCAAACCGAGCCCGCCGUAUUCGAAGACACCUGGCUCAGAUUCUUCCCGGGAGGCCAAAUCGCGCAGCCUUUCAUCCUCGCCGAAGAAAUGUCAUCUCCCACGUUCAUGAUAGAAGGGCACGAAUUCAACACCGUUGAAGUCGGCCACACUGACACCUAUGAUACCACUGUCCUCCGUGUCCCCGACAUUCACCUGGUGGUCGCGGGAGAUAUAGUCUACGGAGGUGUACAUCAGUUUUUCGGAGAAGCCACUACACCUGCCAAGAGGCAGGAAUGGCUGCAUGCUCUUGAUAAAAUUGAAUCUCUCAACCCCCACAUGGUAAUUGCUGGUCACAAACGGGCUGGGACAGUCGAUGGGGUGUUCAACGUCAAGACCACUCGGGAAUAUAUUCUGGCCUUCGAUGACCCAUCAUGA